AUGGAAGACCCCUCAGGCUCAGGCGGAUGGCGUUUUGCUCAAUGUUUUGGCGAUAAAGGAGAAGUAGAGGAUAUAACAGAAGCUGACAUUAUCUCUACGGUGGAAUUUGACUCGACGGGGAAUUAUCUCGCUACAGGUGACAAAGGUGGUCGUGUUGUGCUCUUUGAACGGAAUGAAAUGAAAAAAGGCUGUGAAUAUAAAUUCUAUACAGAGUUCCAGUCGCACGAACCCGAGUUCGACUACUUGAAGUCGCUCGAAAUUGAGGAGAAGAUCAACAAGAUCAAAUGGUGUAAACGGCAAAAUUCUGCACAUUUUCUGCUAUCAACAAAUGACAAAACAAUAAAACUCUGGAAGGUUUUCGAAAAAUCGUUACGGGUCGUAUCAGAAUCAAAUCACCAUGAUGGACAGCGCCCGCUUCCGCCGCCAACGGUGAAAAGUCAUCUGCGAUUGCCUCGCAUGGCUUUGCAGGACAACAUUAUCGCUGCCGUGCCUCGUAAGGUGUACUCGAAUGCCCACGCCUAUCAUAUACAUUCCAUCUCUGUCAAUUCUGAUCAAGAAACAUACAUAUCGGCUGACGAUUUGCGGAUCAACCUUUGGAAUCUCAACAUCAGCGACCAAAGCUUCAAUAUCGUCGAUAUCAAGCCAGUCAACAUGGAGGAGCUCACAGAAGUUAUUACCGCCACAGAAUUCCACCCAACGCAUUGCAAUCUCUUCAUGUACUCUAGUUCAAAAAGUAACAUCAAGCUUGCUGACAUGCGGGACUCUGCCUUGUGCUUCGAAGAAGAGGAAGACCCCACUACUCGAUCCUUCUUUUCCGAAAUCAUCUCCUCCAUCUCUGACGUCAAAUUCAGCCACGACGGCCGGUACAUUCUUUCAAGAGACUACCUGUCUCUUAAAAUUUGGGACGUUAACAUGGAGAACCGGCCUGUGAAGACCAUCCCUAUACAUGAUCACCUUCGUGGUAAACUGUGCGAUCUGUAUGAGAAUGACUGUAUUUUCGACAAGUUUGAGUGUGUGUGGAGUGGAGACGAUCAGAAUGUCUUGACUGGGUCUUACCAUAAUUAUUUCCGGAUAUAUGACACGGACACUCUGAACGACGUCGUUCUACAAGCGGAUAAAUCAGCCUUUAAAAUCAAGAAAAUCGGAGGGGCUGCGCCGGGUCAGAAGUUGGGUGCGAAGAAUGGUGCAAGACCAAACGGGUUGAAGGAUAUGAUGGCACUUGACGCCUUGGAUUUCAACAAGAAAAUCCUCCACGCUAGCUGGCACCCGAAGGAAGCGACUAUCGCCAUUGCAGCGACGAACAAUCUGUUUUUGUAUAGCGCCGCAUGA